CCCAAUGCCACGGGUACUAGUACUGGUGCCUAAUGUAGGCUGGUCAUUUGAGCAGAAUUGAGGACCUUAGGUUGGACGAGCACUGACGAGUCUGGAGUUGAGGUGACCUGAGUUGAGCACAUAUUCAAUUGUGAUUGCACAUAAAUAAUAAGUAAAAGAUAGCUCUCAAGGCACAUCAUACCUGUCGUUUCGUAUAAGUACAGUAUACUCCAUUUCCAGCGUCUACUCCGGUCCUCCUCCACGUCCAACACGUCCACGUCCACGUCGAAGAACAACUUGAAGCUACCAGUAUUCUACUCUCGAGUCCACUAGGCUACCUAUCCUCAGCACGCCUUUCGACGCCCAGCUUCAAUCUCAGUCUCAGUCUCAUUCUCUCAGCACAAGCCACACACCCAGUCCGAUAAGCCCUCCACAGAGGAGUAAUCAAUAUCCCAUUACUAGUACUAGUAGUGAUCAUGUGCGGCGACUCUCACCUCCCUCCCGCUCCCGAGUCCGGCGACCUGGUCGCUGUCAUCCAUGCCCACUCACCUUCACCUUCACAGUCAGCAUUUCGUGGGCGGUUAAGGUUGUCAAACCGAACACCUGGAGCCACGACGUCAAGCUUCGAAUGCGCCGAGGACAGCGUCUGUGAUGGUGACACACGCGGCUCUUUGAACGUGAGAAUCCACCAAUACGGACAGCCGUUGUCAACGUCUCCAAACUCUCCUUGGUCCGAUUCAGAUUCCGAAUCUGAAGAAGAAGCAGCAGCAGCAGCCUGCUCGUCCAAUCCGAUCUUACAUUCUUUCUUCGUCGACACAGUCACAAGCUCGAGGACAGGCGACGUCAGGCUCAAUCUUGGCGUGGGCGGUGACGGCAUCGUAGGUCGAACAGUGUCGAUCUUCGAUGGCCGGAGUAAACGAAUUGUCGGCGAAGGCAUCAUUGGUUGGAUUUGAUCAUCUCGUUGUGCGAGAGCUUCUGUACUGUGCUUGUCAUGUUUUGGGAGAAGGAGGGUUCGAUGUUUUCCCCCUAGUACUCCAUUAAGAGAAUUGCUUUGCUUUGCGUUUCAACUUUCGGCGGUUAUAGCAAAUAUCCCAUCCACCCACUAUUAUUCAUGUACACAUCAAACAUAUCCAUUUCUUCCGUA